AUGGGCACUUUUGCGUUGACUAUAUUAGGUGCCUCUGGAGGUCCAAUGGAAAUUGGAAAUCAGAGUGUAAUGAUAGCGAAAGCGGGACCCGAAAGGGCCAAGAAUUGGAUUUGCGUUGACGCAGGGUCCGGGCUACAUCAGAUAAAAGAGAUGUUGGCUCAAAGCCGCGAGGCAAACAGAUUAGGAAUCAACCAACACGAGUGCAUGGAAGAAGAAAUUGAGAGCCUUUAUGAGAGCGAGUAUGAGCCUCUUGGUCUUUUCAUGGACGAAAGAAGCGACGUGGUUCGAGGGCUUGAUACCCUUGACGAUACACAAUUAAGCAAGAGUCUGCUUAGCGAAUCGAUCGAGGUAUUCAACCGAAUACGGGAGUACUAUAUCACGCACGCACAUUUGGAUCACGUAGCAGCGUUGGUUAUCAACACACCAGCCAUUAGGUCGACCGAGAAAAAAGUGUUUGCCCUACCAAGAACGGCAGAAGCUCUCAGAACACAUAUUUUCAACGAUUCAGUGUGGCCAGAUCUGUUAAACGAAGACAGCUUUCUACUGAACUUACAAGAGCUGCAAGAGCUGCGGCGGCAUACGGUCGCAUGCAUUUCAGGGUGGUACGUGACGCCGUUCAGGGUAAAUCACGGUGUAACCGUUCGGAAUCGUCUUCCUUACUAUAGCACGGCGUUUUUAAUUGGAGACGAACCAUCUGGGGACGCCAUAUUGGUUUGCGGAGACCUAGAUUCCGACUUGCUUUCGAAACAGCAGUUCCUGGCUGCGAUGUGGCUGCAUCUGGCACAGACGGUUCCAUUCGACAACCUAAAGGGCAUUUUGAUUGAAUGCUCUUCGACAAACAGCACCCAGAACGAGUGUUUGUACGGCCAUUUGUCGCCCCGAUUCCUGGUACACGAGCUUAAACAGCUAAGCAGGGCUUACAAUCGUCCGCUGGACGGAUUACAAGUGAUCAUACAUCACGUCAAAAUUGGACCCGGGAUGCGAGACCCUAGGCUCGUGAUUCUGGAUGAGGUGAGGAGCCUCGCUGCAAGCGAGGCUCUUGGCGACGUUGCGUUUUCAAUAGGUAUACAGGGGUAUACGUUUGUUUUGUAA